GAAUGAGGCGAGAGGGCAUUUGACAGCGAUGAAGUAGUUGUGGGCGUCUCGCGAGCAGAGAUGAACGGAGGGAGCCUGGAAAUUUGUGCAAGCAACUACCAACGGUUUUAGAAAGGUGAACGGCGGUCUGCUGGGACGGUUUACAGACGAUGGCUCGUAGGAGCAUUUCCGAUUACCGUGCUCUCGAGGAGUACGAGAGGAGCCACAUCAAGAGGACCCUCGAACUGGGCACCGUGAUGACGGUAUUUAACUACAAGAAGUCUCAGCCGGAGCGGAGGACCAUCCAGGUCAUAAUGGAGACUUUCCAGGUGGCGUGGAGUAAGACGGCGGAUAAGAUUGAAGGAUUCUUGGACCUCUCGGAGAUCAAGGAGAUUCGGCAGGGCAAGAACUGCAAAGACUUUGAGCGCGGGAAGGCCUCGCGCCUGAAGGACGAACGCUGCUUCACCAUCUUCUACGGGAGCCAGUUUGUGCUGAACACACUCAGCUUAGAAGCGGACUCUGUGGAAGAUGCAGAGCAAUGGAAGGUCGGACUGAAUAUAUUGCUUGAGGAGGUUAAUAACGCCCCCACCCUGGCCAUUAUAGAGAGUUGGCUGAGGAAGCAGAUCUACUCGGUGGACCAGACAAGGAGGAACUGCAUUAGUACACGAGAACUGAAGACCAUCCUUCCACAGAUCAACUUCAAAGUCAGCAGCGUGAAGUCCCUUAAGGACAAGAUCCUGGAGAUCGGGAUCCCCAAGGAGGACCUCAGUUUUGAACAUUUACAUUCUUUUUACAAAAAUAUGAUGUUUGACCAGCAAAAGUCAAUUCUGGAUGAAUUCAAAAAAGAUUCCUCAGUAUUUAUCUUGGGCAACGUGGAUCGCUCCAACGCUUCCGCGGUCCAUUUACACGACUUUCAAAGGUUCCUGCUGCACGAGCAACAGGAGUCCUCAGCCCAGGAUCUUAACAAAGUCCGCGAGCGGAUGACGAAGUUUAUAGACGACACCGUUAGAGAGACGGCAGAGCCCUUUCUCUACGUGGAUGAGUUCCUGACCUACUUAUUUUCCAAAGAGAAUACCAUCUGGGAUGAGAAAUACGAUGAGAUUGCCGUCCAGAAUAUGAAUAAUCCUCUGUCGCAUUACUGGAUUGCUUCCUCGCACAACACGUAUCUAACGGGAGACCAGCUGCGCAGCGAGUCAUCCACCGAAGCCUACGUGCGAUGUCUGCGGAUGGGAUGCAGGUGUAUUGAACUGGACUGCUGGGACGGUCCUGACGGAAAGCCAAUUAUCUAUCACGGAUGGACAAGAACAACGAAAAUUAAAUUUGAGGACGUGGUGCAAGCUAUUAAGGAUCACGCAUUUGUCACCUCUGAAUACCCAGUCACACUCUCCAUAGAGGAACACUGUAAUGUGGAGCAGCAGAGGUACAUGGCCAAGGUGUUCAAAGAGGUCCUCGGAGAUCUUCUGCUAACCAAACCCAUCGAAGCGAGUGCCGAUCAACUGCCUUCACCCACACAGCUGAAAGAGAAGAUUAUCAUUAAGCACAAAAAGCUGGGGCCCAAAGGAGAUUAUGUCACAAACACAGAUGACAGUAAAGAGGAAACCAAACUACAGGGGGAGCUCCAUAUGUGGGACCCUAUAGAUCAGAAAUGGUCUGUUCGUUACUGUGCCAUAGCUGGUGAUAAGCUUUCAUAUGGAGAUGAAAUUGAGCAGAUUACAGAAGAUUCUACACUGAAGUCACUGCGAGAGCAACAUCUGCAGGAGAAAUGGUUCCACGGUCGGAUGCACGAAGGCCGUUUCAUGGCGGAGCGGCUGCUGCAGGAGUACUGCGCUGAGAUGGGAGGCAAAGAUGGCACGUUCCUAGUGCGAGAGAGCGAGUCCUACCGGGAUGAUUUUACUCUCUCCUUCUGGAGGUCGGGGAGAGUCCAGCACUGCCGGAUCCGCUCGUGUACAGAUGGAGAGUAUGUGAAGUAUUACCUGACCGACAACUUAACCUUUGACAGUAUUUAUGAACUCAUACAACACUACAGGGAUGCCUCGCUGCGCUGUGCGGAUUUCGAGUUGCGAUUAACGGAUGCCGUUCCGAACCCCAACCCGCACCUGUCCAAGGAGUGGUACUAUGACAACCUGAGUCGAGGAGAAGCGGAAGACAUGCUGAUGAGGAUACCUCGAGAUGGAGCUUUUCUGAUACGAAAGAGAGAAGAGACGAAUUCCUACGCUAUCACCUUCAGGGCGGAAGGUAAAGUGAAGCACUGCAGAAUCCAGAAAGAUGGCCGCCUGUUUGUGUUGGGAACUUCGGCGUAUUUCGAGAACUUGGUGGAGCUGGUCAAUUAUUACGAGAAGCACACGCUGUACCGGAAGAUGAAGCUGCGCUACCCUGUGACCGAGGAACUGCUGAUCAGAUUCAACCUUGAAAAAGACGUAAACUCCAUUUACGAUGUAAUGACCAAACUCUACGUGGAUCCCGAUGAAAUUUCCCCGGCCAUGCCCCAAGGAACAGUUAUGGCUUUAUACAACUAUUCAGCUACCAGACCAGAUGAGCUGAGCUUCUGCACGGGCGCUGUCAUUCAUAACGUGAUCAAAAUCUCUGAUGGAUGGUGGAAGGGCGACUAUGGAGAUAAACUGCAGCACUUCUUCCCUUCCAAUUAUGUGGAGGACAUAUCGACCAAUGAGGAAUUUAUCACUAACCAGAUCAUUGAGGACAGUCCCCUGGGAUCCCUGUGCAGAGGAAUUCUGGAUCUGGGCACCUAUGAAAUCAAGAAACUUCCGCAGGGGAAGAACAAGAAAACCUUCGUCUUUUCACUGGAGCCCAAGAAUCCUGAGGACCCCUCGGUAGAUUUUGCGACUGAUAAAGUGGAAGAAUUGUUUGAAUGGUACAAAAACAUCCAUCACAUUGUACACCAGAAGGGGGCGCAGGACUUCGUCAUCAAGACAUGGGAGAAGAAUCAGGUCAUUGCCAGAGAGCUGUCCGACUUGGUGAUUUACUGCAAGCCCACCAGUGAAGGCAAAGACAACCUAGAGAGACCGGACUUCCGAGAGAUACGAUCAUUUGUGGAGAAUAAAGCGGAGAGUGUCUCUAGACAAAAGCCGCAUGAACUGUUGCGAUAUAAUCGUAAGGCGCUCACUCGAGUCUACCCCAAAGGACCGCGGGUGGACUCUUCCAACUACGAUCCACUGCGACUCUGGCUGUGCGGUGUCCAGAUGGUGGCUCUGAACUACCAAACGCCAGACCGCUCCAUGCAGAUAAACCAAGCCAUGUUCUCCUACAAUGGACGCUGUGGAUACAUCUUGCAGCCGGAGUGUAUGAGGCAGGAUUCCUAUGACGCGAGUGACUCGAAGAGAGCGGGGCAGGUGGUGUUGACCAUUAGGGUUAUAGGUGCUCGCCAUUUGCCGAAGCCUGGCCGUGGUAUCGCCUGUCCAUUCGUGGAGCUAGAGAUUUGUGGAGGGGAAUACGAUAAUAAUAAGUUCAGAACCAGCGUUGUCAAUGAUAACGGCCUGAAUCCCGUGUGGACCUCUGUUCAGCAGCUGGCAAUGUUUGAGAUCCACGAGCCAAACUUAGCUUUCCUGAGGUUUGCCGUGUAUGAAGAAGAUAUGUUCAGUGACCCCAACUUUUUAGCUCAAAAUACUUUUCCUAUUAAAGGAUUAAAAACAGGAUAUCGAUCGGUUCCCCUGAAAAAUGGUUAUGGUGAAAAUAUGGAGUUAGCUUCACUUCUGGUCCAUUGCCAAAUAAAGAAAGAUCUGGGAAAUGAAGAAGGCUUGUAUACUUCCUCCGGAGAUCUUCGGCGGCGAGGAGUCCAUAAUCCCGAGGUAGCUUUGUACGACACACAUGACAACAUGAGAGUUCCUAACCGAGAAGCCAUGGGGCGGCAGCCAAUGAAUGACACCAGGACAAUCCCGGACCCCGUUGCUAGGAGACCAGGGCACCGCAAGUACAGCCAUCAAAAUCUGCUUGAUUACUAAGGCUUGGAGAGAAACGAAUAAGUAACAGCAGGUUCUACUCAUAGCCGAUCAAUGCUGUUAAGGACGUUCCCUUGCUGGUCCUGGA